AUGGGCGGCCCAUUAUUCCGUAUUGUACCACAAAUUUCUGGAAAAGCCCUUAGCCUUAAGGAUGGCAACAUUGCUGCCAAUACUCAAGUUGUCCAAGAACCUGAUAACGAUAACGACCCUGAUAGCCAACUCUGGUAUUUCGAAACUGUUGAAGGAAAUGACAUCAAUACCCUUAACGGAGGAUACAUCAAAAACAAGAAGGCAAAUCUAUGUCUUGCUAUCCAAGGCUCCGAUGCAAAUGGGUCAUUUGUAGUUACAGUUCCCAAGGAGGUUGCUAGGUUGUGGAAUUACAAUGAGAUGACAAAUAAUAUCAACUUGGCCGAUAAUCCAAACCUUAUCCUUACCAUUGCGGAUCGAUCUCCAGAUGAUGGCAAGCCGCUCAUC